CUCGAAUGUUAGCGGUCUCCAAUCUCCUCCAUGUAAGUAUAAUUUGGAUCCUCAUCGAUUUAUAGGUUUGUGCGAAGGAAGACCCAAGUACAAAUCUCAAGUCAACGAAAGGCACUACAAGUCAACGGAAAGGCACUACAAGUCAACGGAAGGGCGUGGCUUCCUCCUUGUUUGACCGGUUCCGCCGUGUCAGAGAAGGCCCGACACAGCCUGUGCUCACCGGCCUCCGCGAAAGAUCGGAAAUGGCCGAGCUCCACACGCAAGCUCAUGGGAGUCAAGUCUGUGAUGUCAAAACCUUCAUUCACAUGCUCGUCCUUCAUGAAGACCACCUUCUUUCUCCUCUCCUGCCCCACCUGUAGUGACUUACAUACUGCUCCCAGUCUUUCCUCGGCUUCCACACCUAAAGUCUUCUUCUUCUUCUCCAACUUCCUUCCUUGUCCUUUAAAGGUAGGUGUGGUUCAGUACUACAUCGUCUCUCCUCCUCGGUCUUUCACAUCAACGACAGCACCACAGCCAUCGCGUACCAAACGUCACCGAUGGCAGAGCCAGGUGAUCAGGAUAUCGGCGGCGGCGCCGGUGGCGUAGACGUCGUCAGGAUAAACAGCAAGGUGAUGGUGGCGGCGGCCGUCUUCCUCUUCAUGGUCGUCGUUUUCGUCUUCUUCCUCUACCUCUAUGCCAGGCGCUACUUCCGUCCGAACCCCGCCCUCCGGGGUCGCUCCCGGACCCGCUUCGUAUUCGCCGCGGCUGACAUCGACCCCGCACCUCGCCGUGGCCUCGACGCGGCCGUGCUCUGCUCGCUGCCCGUCACCGUCUAUCGGGCGGCGGACUUCGAGGAGGGACUCGAGUGCGCGGUCUGCCUCUGCGAGCUGGUCGACGGCGAGGAGGCCCGGCUGCUGCCCAAGUGCGGCCACGGGUUCCACCUCGAGUGCAUCGACAUGUGGUUCCAUUCUCACUCCACCUGCCCGCUGUGCCGGGGCCCCGUCGGCGCCGAGCCCUCCGCGAACCCGGAUGCCGGUGCUGAAGCAACGGAAGCUCAACCGCCUGAGACUGUUCGCGAGUCACUGGUGUUCCCGCCAAACCCGUUGUUCUGCGGCGAUCAAGAUCAGGCGAACGCCGAGAAUUCUUCGACUACGGGAGAGGCAGAGGGAGAUGGCUCACCGGAAGGGCCCUCGACUUCUUCAGGCAGCUCAUCGUCGAAGAAGCCACAGGAAGGGCGUCUCGUGAUCGAGAUGCCAAGGAGGGUGGUGGACGAGUUCCCGUCGCGAGGCACUCCAUUGCCGUCGAGUAGGUUCGCCAUGGAAGACACGGGGUCGCCUGUUACGGCGAGGUUUAGGUCGCUGCGGAGGCUUUGGAGCCUGGGGGGGAGGACUGCUGGUUCGCCGUGUAGCCCCCGAGUGGGCGACAUCGAACAGGCGUUGGGAGGAGGAGAGGGACGCGCUCUGCCUCCAAAGUCUCCGGCCAACUCGUGAGUCUUGAGGAGCUGCUGGUGGAAAGCUUUGAAGUGAGGGAAAUGGAAGAAGCUGAUGUAUCUCUUUCAGAACUUGAUAUAUGUUUUUGAUCUAUUUGUUGCACACAGGAAAAGAAAGAUUUCACAGAUGUAGUAGUAGA